AUGCCUCCCGCCACGCUCAUUCAUUCCUCGUAUUCGGUGUUAACUAACGGUAUAAGUCCGGGACCAGCAGGAGCAGGGCCUGUUCCAACUGUUGGAGGAGGCGAAAAGGGGGAGACAUCACGCACUGGGGAGGCUGUGUCUCGGGUGGGCGAAAGCUCGGUGCAAGUGCGGUCUAGCGGUGGCGGCGAUUCCAUCAGAACUGGCCAGACCCAGGAGCACAUUGCCCGGGAAGAUGCAUCGUUUGCCGUCUUCUUGGACACGACAGUCGUGAGUCUGUCGCCAGAGGCAGGCAAAGCAGAAGCGGUGAUGAAGGUCAGCGGCCCUGACAGAGAGCCACGGCAGACAAAUUGGGGGCAUAGAUACCCGGCACUAUCAGCCGCGGAGCAGGAAACCGUUGACGGCGCCAACGUGGUAGCCCUCCUCUCGGCCGCCGGCAGCCUCGAACCGGACUUGUUCGAGCCCGCAGACGAAACCAUGUCCCGGAGCGACCUGUCGAGCCUGCGCCGCGCUUUGUUUGGCGAGGCCAUAGUGGGCGACAAAACUUCGUCCGUCGCGUGGGAUAGUGUGCUCAAUUUCAUACCGGACUACUUGCGCGUAGGGGAAAGCAGUAGGCCGGCGGCGGCCGACGAUCUAGCCACGCAUCUAGGGACGACAGACAGCGGGGCGGCCUGGCAAGCGUGGAUUGGGCAGUGGUCACAGAUCCUGACCGGAUAUCAAGACGAGAUUUGGGGUGACUUGGGAUCCCUGGCCGAGGAAGCGCGGCUGGAAGUCCAGAAACUCUCCAAGGCUCCCCCAAACCAGAAGCCGCCCAACGAGCCCACGGCGCUCCUGCGGUUACGGGCAAUUCUUGGGCACCUGCGAAGCUUGUAG